AUGAUAAUUGUCAACAUUAUCUGCACUCUAUUCGCGGGCUGUAACCCUCCGGCUGUAUCGAUUCCACGUGGCUACAAGUGGCUACACUAUGUCAUCCCAAACAAGUACGCUUUCUCCAGUCUCGCAGCCAUCGUGUUCGGCGACUGUCCUAGUGAUGGAGACGGCAAUCAACGAGGCUGCCAGCAGAUGACAGGUACGCCUCCAGGUUUGCCCGACGGAAUGACGCUGAAAGAGUAUUUGGAAACGAAUUUCCUCAUUAAACACAGCGACAUCUGGAGCAAUGUCGGCAUUUUGAUAAUUUGGAUCGCCGUACUUCGUUUACUCUCACUACUGGCGCUACGAUACGUGAAUCAUCAAAGGAAGUAA